CGAUAAAAUCAAAGCGCAUCUUUCAUUCGUUUGUUCACGGAUUUUAAAAAUGACAAAGUGACGUCGACGACGUGAAAAAGAAAAAUUUUUAGUAAAAAUGCGCGAAAUUGUGCACAUACAAAUUGGACAAGCCGGUAAUAACAUCGGUUCAAAAUUUUGGGAAGUAAUAAGUGACGAGCACGGCGUCGAUCCCAGAGGUCACUUUCAUGGGGAUUCCGAUUUGCAACUGGAGAGGAUUAAUGUGUACUUUAAUGAAGUGACGGGCGGCAGGUUUGUUCCUCGUGCGAUUUUGGUGGACUUAGAGCCAGGAACGCUGGAUGUGGUGAGAUCGGAACCCUUUGGGAGGUUGUUUCGUCCUGAUAACAUGAUUUCUGGACACGCUGGAGCUGGUAAUAACUUCGCCAAGGGUCGCUACACUGAAGGAGCCGAGUUGUGCGAUUAUAUGCUAGAUGUAGUACGGAAGGAGGCGGAAGGAUGUGAUUGCAUGCAAGGUUUCCAACUGACUCACUCCAUUGGAGGAGGUACCGGAUCCGGAAUGGGUAGUCUGCUGUUGCAAAAGCUACGCGAGGAAUAUCCCGAUCGGAUCAUCACUACAUUUACAGUUAUACCAAGCCCAAAGGUCUCAGACACGGUUGUAGAGCCUUACAAUGCAACGAUGAGUGUUCAAUUCCUCGUGGAGAAUUGCGACGAGACAUACAUGAUUGACAACGAAGCGCUUUAUGACAUCUGCUACCGAACCCUGAAACUCUCAGCUCCUUCCUACGGCGAUCUCAAUCACUUGAUCUCCGCGGUAAUGUCAGGAAUCACGACGUGCUUCCGAUUUCCAGGACAACUAAAUGCCGACCUGCGCAAGAUAAUGGUGAACAUGGUACCGUUUCCGCGCCUGCACUUCUUCAUGCCCGGCUUUGUGCCCUUAACAUCACGACACGGACAGGCCUAUAGAGCGAUUACGGUACCAGAUCUGGUGCAACAAAUGUUCGACGCCAAGAACAUGAUGUGCGCUUGCGAUCCGCGAAAGGGCAAGUAUCUGACGGUGGCGUCGAUCUUUCGAGGGCGAAUGUCAACGAAGGAGGUCGACGAGCAAAUGCUAAACAUACAGAACAAAAACAGCACCUUCUUCGUGGAGUGGAUUCCGAACAACGUCAAAACGGCCAUAUGCGACAUACCGCCCAGAGGACUGAAGAUGUCGGCAACCUUCAUAGGGAACACGACCGCUAUUCAGGAACUGUUCAAAAGAGUUAGCGAGCAAUUUUCCGCGAUGUUUCGCCGUAAAGCCUACGUCCACUGGUACACGGGGGAAGGUAUGGACGAAAAUGAAUUUUGGGAAGCGGAAUCGAACAUGAACGAUCUCAUCUCCGAGUACCAGCAGUACCAAGAGGCCGAAGCAGACGUGCAAGAUGAAUUUGAAGACGACGAAGAUUUUGAGGAAUAAUUUCUAACUAAAAAUAAAGCAUUUAUCAUUUUUUAA